AGCGCCGAAGUCUGGCUAACUUCUGCACAAAUGUGGAGUCCGCCAAGCAAGAUACUCUAUAGACAUGUCUCGAAUUUUACGAGGAUACCUCCGUCUCUUGGACAAGUAUCCUGUAAUAACGAUGAGUUGCACUACUGGUACUCUCAUGGCAACGGGAGAUGCUCUGGCACAAAAAUUACUUGAAAAGAAUACGACUGGCUUUGAUUACAAACGAAAUGCUAGAUUCCUGGGAUUUGGACUAUUUUUUGCUGGUCCCACACUGCGAUUCUGGUACGUCUUUUUGGAUCGUGCCGUGAAAGGGAAAACAGCGCUUGCCACUGUUAAACGGGUGGCUCUCGACCAGACGGUUAUGGCCCCAUUGUUCCUCGUCAGUUUUAUCAGCGGGAUGGGUGCAUUGCGUGGUGAUUCGACAGAUGUCAUCAAAAGUAAUUUGAAGCGUGAUUUCGCUCCCGUUCUACUAAAUAAUUAUAAGCUGUGGCCCGGAGUGCAGCUCGUCAACUUUUACUUGGUUCCACUGCAGCAUCGAUUAUUGGUGGUAAACGUUGUGGCCCUUGGGUGGAAUACGUAUCUAGCAUGGAUGAAUGAGAGGAAGCAGUUGGUGCAAGACAGCUGAUGACUGUGAGCAGAAAACAUGACCAGCUCUCGAGAAAAGAUCUGCCUGUCCCAUUGGGGAAAAUUAGGAAAGGUGGAAGAAAAACAAUGGAUUUGAUGACUUUCCUGUGUAACUUGAACUAUGUCUGGAUAGAUGUGACUAGACACCACUAAAGCCAAAUAAUGCAGCAAAUAGGCUCCACCUUCAAAUGCUUUUCCUGCCUUUCAUUGACCAAGGUUUUCUCAACUUUAAACAUGAUGUUGAUUAUGAUUGCAACAUGAUUAGUACGGGUGCUUAUUUGACCAGAUUCUAUGAACACGCAUUGUAUAAAAUCACUUAAUGAGAACUCUCACCAUUAUAAUUUUAGCUCGGAAUAUUCUCUUUGCUUAUGUGAUGCUGCCUUCAAAUAUGAGACAGUUCCUGAUAGAGUUUACAGCACUUUCCCUUGCAAUGAAUUGUUGAUUCAUUCAGUAGCAUGGUGCUAGGUCCCCUAUUGGUCUCCUGUCGAUAUAAUGUUUAAUACUGUAAUAUUCGUCAAUAAAUGAAUAUUGGGACAAUCAGUCUCCUCCAGGCCGAUUUUCUGUCUUCGGUCGCUUUUUGUCUUCGGCCUUUUUAUCAAAAGCGCCACCUGUAACUAUCUAUCA